UCUCUGAUUUUCAUCUGCGCUGCAAGUCUCCUGCGGAUUUAUCGGGGAAAUCCAGUGGGGUUUCAAAUCAAAGUGCAUGAGGGAACUUUGGGCCCAAUGAUGGAGGCCUGGCCGACAGUGGCCUGGGUGCUGCUCAUGACCAACGUUGCUGAUUGGCUGAAGACGGUCCAGUCCCGGGACUUUUCCCUGACGGACAUCAUCCUGCUGCAUCCCUCAACGACACCUCAUCCUGGAGGUUUCAAGUGCUUCACGUGCGAAGACGCGGCGGACAACUACGAGUGCAACCGCUGGGCGCCGGAUGUCUACUGUCCGAAAGAUGCCAGGUACUGCAGCGUGAGUCACGUGAUGGACAACCAUGGCGACAGUGUGUCUGUGACCAAGCGCUGCGUGGCCCUGAAGGACUGUCUGUCCACCGGCUGUGCUGACGUCUCCGAUGAUGGCUCUCAGGUACGUGGAGGUCGACUCUACAAGUCGUGGGAGGAGGGGUACGAAUGUUGUACGUCUCCCGAAGGUUUCGGUCUCGUCCGGCAGAUGUGCUCGUCCUGCUGCGAGGGGAACAUCUGUAACGUGCUGGUGCCGAGGAAUGCCAGCAACUCGGUCUUCUCCUCGUCGUCUCCUCUGUCGAGCUCCAGCAGAGGGUUCCUUCCUGCAACGCAGAACUUCUUCAUCAUCAUCAUCAUCAUCGUCGUCAUGGGAUUCUUUACAGCUGGACACUUUUGAGAGGGAAACAGUGUCAGAUCCAACUUAAGGACACUUUUCUGGGAAAAGGUGGUGAAGAACAGCAAAAAUGUAUUUAAUCGUUUUAUUAUUCUAGUUGAUUCUAGUUGCU